AUGCAUCCUGAUGGAAGCCUCUUCGCCUACUACAAUGACAAGACUGGCUGUGUCAGUGUCUAUAGUCUCCAACAGAAGGCUGAGGUUACCAGCGCUAAGAUGCCUCAUGCUAACGUCACUGCCCUCGCUUUCAGUGAGAAUGGGUAUCACAUGGCGACUGGUACCAAGGAUGGCGAGAUCAAACUGUGGGAUCUCCGGAAGGCCACCGAUUUUGCCACGCUUACCGCUGCUGGACCGGUAGAAGAUCUCAGUUUCGAUCAUAGUGGCCACUACUUGGCCGCUGGAUCAGUGAAGGGCGCCGACGUGUAUCACUUCCAUGGCAAAACCUCCCUCUCUGAAGUGGCUUACUUCGAUGCUACUGGCAGUGCUCUGGCGUGGUUGAAUGAUGCCACUGGAUUGGUUGUGGCUGAUGGUGCCGAUGUGAAGACAUAUGGUCAGGCGUAG